AUGGCGGGAACAUGGAAGCACAACCGAUGGAAGCCAAACCUUGAACAAUUCUCAACCCUGCAUUACAAAACUACGAAAACCCAAGACCCCAACAUAGUUUCCACCAACAUUUGCAUAACUCGCCACUGCAAAAGCGGGCAGCUAGAUGUUGCCCGGAAAGUGUUCGACGAAAUGCCAAUCAGAACCGUCGUCUCAUGGAACACCAUGAUUUCUGGAUAUUCAAAGUGGGGAGGAUUCAGCGAGGCUCUAUGGUUGGUCUCAGAUAUGCAUCACGGCAAUGUAAGGCUAAAUGAGACGACUUUUUUGACAACUCUGAGCGCGUGCGCGCGUUCGGGAUCUUUGAGUGAGGGAAGGGAGGUUCAUUGCUUGGUUUUGAAAUCUGGGUUAGAGUGCUUUGAGCUUUUGGGUAGUUCUCUGUUGUACUUUUACGCUAGUUGCCUUAAAAUUGAGGAUGCGAAGCGGGUUUUCGAUGAGCUGCGCGGUGGAAAUGAGUUGUUGUGGAGCUUAUUGCUUGUGGGCUAUGUGAAGUGUAAUUUGAUGAGUGAAGCUACGGAGUUGUUUGUGAAUAUGCCGAAGCGGGAUGUUUUGGCAUGGACUACGAUGAUUUCGUGGUACGCUAAGAGCGAGGAUGGGUGUAAGAGAGCCUUGGAGCUGUUUAAAUGGAUGAUGAGAGAUCGGGUGGCGCCUAACGAGUUUACUUUGGAUUGUGUUGUAAGGGCUAGUGGGAGAUUAGGAGAACUGUGUGUAGGGAAGGCUGUGCAUGGAAUUUUGAUCAAAUAUGGUUUUGAGUCCGAUGAAUCGAUUGGUGGCGCAUUACUAGAAUUUUAUUGUGUUUGUGGAGCUGUUCAUUGUGCCAAGAGAGUUUAUGAUAGAAUAGAAAGCCCGAGUUUAAAUGCUUCGAAUUCGCUUAUUGGAGGUCUUGUGUUGAUGGAUAGGAUUGAAGAUGCAAAGCGAAUUUUCAAUAGACUAAAAGAAAAGGAUUCAGUUUCGUAUAACUUGAUGAUUAAAGGUUAUGCAACGAGUGGUCAAGUCGAUGAAUCAGAGAGAUUAUUUGAGAGUAUGCCUCAUAGAACUAUAAUUUCUUCAAAUACUAUGAUUUCUGUGUAUUCUAGGAAUGGUGAUAUCGAUAAGGCUUCAAAGAUUUUUGAAGAAACAAAAGAGGAAAGAAACCCUGUGACAUGGAACGCCAUGAUGUCGGGUUACAUUCAAAAUCAUCAGCAUGAGGAGGCUUUGGAGUUAUACGCAACAAUGCACAAAUUGUCAAUAGGCCGUACAAGAUCCACUUUCUCUGCUCUGUUUCAUGCCUGUUCAUGCCUUGGAUCCCUUCAAUCGGGACAAGCACUUCAUGGUCAUUUGAUUAAAACACCAUUUGAAUCAAAUGUGUAUGUUGGGACAUCCCUGAUAGAUAUGUACUCCAAAUGCGGAAACAUCACCGAUGCUGAAGCAUCAUUCAUCUGCAUUGGUUCACCCAAUGUGGCAGCUUGGACAGCUCUCAUUAACGGGUAUGCGCAGUACGGGCUUGUCUCAAAGGCAAUGUUGCUGUUUGAGAAAAUGUUAAAGCAAGGAAUCAUUCCGAAUGCUGCUACUUUUGUGGCAAUUCUCUCUGCUUGCUGUCGUGCUGGUCUAGUCAACGAAGGGAUGAGAAUUUUCCACCUGAUGGAAAAAAAUUACGGAGUAAACCCUACACUUGAACACUAUGCAUGUGUAGUGGAUCUUCUCGGUCGGUCUGGUUGUUUACAAGAAGCUAUGGAGUUUAUUCAAGAAAUGCCAAUUGAACCAGAUGCGGUUAUCUGGGGAGCUCUGCUAAAUGCUUGUUGGUUCUGGAUGGACAUGGAACUGGGCGAGAGGGUGGCUGAGAAAAUGUUAAGUUUGGAUCCAAAACCAGCCUCCGCAUACAUACUCUUAUCGAACAUGUAUGCAGUACUGGGAAAGUGGGGGGCGAAGAUGAACGCGAGGAAGCGAUUGAGAAACUUGGAGGUGAAAAAGGAUCCUGGAUGUAGUUGGAUUGAGCUGAACAGGAAAGUUCAUGUAUUCUGUGUAGAAGAUAAGUCCCAUCCUCAUUGUAAUCUGAUUUAUGAAACUUUGGAGUAUCUGACAGCAAAUAUAUAUAAACUUUAG